AUGCCACCCACAUACGCGCCCACCUUUGGCCCCGACGAUGCUUCGGACGACGACAGCGAGUACGAAGUCGAUACUAGAAGCGAAGUCGACAGCGACAUAGUGGCCGACGAUAACAACGACGACCCAACCCUCGCCAUGGUGGCAUCCAGGACUCUCUCGGACAAGGCACCCGACAUGACGGCCAGCAUGCUCUUGGAGCGCGAGGAAGAGCCCGAAGGCAUGUUGCCCAGAGACAAGCAGCGUCGCACAACCCACUACAACUCGUCGCUCGAGAAGGCUAUGAGCCACUCCGAGGCAAAGCAGUUCUACCAACGACAACGCGCCGAGAAGCUCGACAGUCCCACCAUGGGCAAGCCGCGAACCCUCAGCUCCCACAUCGCCGCCGAUGCCUCAGCCAGCUCUCCGCUUAACCCGCUGAGAGCUACUAAGAGCAACGCCAGCCUGCAAGCAAACGACACUGCAUACAAAUCCGCAUUGCCUGUUGGCAUUGCCAAUGCUGCGAAGCUUCCUACCAGCGCCGAAGUUCAGACUCCUGGCCUCGGCCACUUCGAUACCGCCCGCCACUCCUUCUCCCAACAGAACGACGCUCCUUCACCCUUGAUACAGGCCGACCGAGAAGCUCGCGCUCACACACAUCACCCCAAUCUCCCUCAUGAGCAGAAGCCGUUCCUGGAGCAGCAGGGUCUACAUGGUGCAGGAGCUGGUGUGGGUAUGGGAAGUGGCUCCGGAGGCUUUGCAGUAGACGACUCCAAGGUUACUGCUGAGCUGACAGCCAUUUACAGCAACAUCCAGAAGGUGUUGGAUCUGAGACACAAGUACAUGCGCUUGUCGCUCCAGGGCGCUACAGACAAUCCCAAGGACGAGCCCGGCUGGACCAUAUAUCCUCCUCAUCCCGAUCCUUCGUGGCAAGAGUACGAGCAGAACAUGACAGAGAGUCAAGACCUCAAGACACCACGCAGACGACCGCGCAAGAUGGGCCAGAACAUCGGUGAAGAUUUCGAACUCGAAGAUCUGAUGCCUCUGCCGGGCCCUGGUGAGAUGGCCUUCCGUCUCGAUUCAAACGGCGUCUACCAAGUCUAUGAGAACAACAAAGCCGCCGAUGUCGACACCCCCAUUGUUCACAUUCCCACCAUUCGCGAGUUCUACAUGGAUCUCGACGCCAUCUUGACCGUUUCAUCCGAUGGCCCUAGCAAGAGUUUUGCUUUCCGUCGUCUGCAGUAUCUUGAAGGCAAGUUCAACUUGUACAUCUUGCUCAACGAGUAUCAGGAGAUUGCAGACACCAAGGCUGUGCCGCACAGAGACUUCUACAAUGUCCGAAAGGUCGACACUCACGUACACCAUUCCGCUUGCAUGAAUCAGAAGCAUUUGCUGCGUUUCAUCAAGAGCAAGAUGAAGAAGAGCCCCAACGAGGUUGUCCUGUUCCGUGACGGCAAGCACUUGACUCUGCGGGAGGUCUUUGAGAGUAUCAAUCUGACUGCAUACGACCUCUCUAUCGACACUCUCGAUAUGCACGCUCACACCGACUCUUUCCAUCGUUUCGACAAAUUCAACCUCAAGUAUAAUCCUGUCGGCGAGUCUCGCCUGCGCACCAUCUUCCUGAAGACGGACAACUACAUCCACGGCAGAUACUUGGCAGAGAUCACAAAGGAGGUCAUUGCCGAUCUCGAGGCCAGCAAGUACCAGAUGGUCGAAUGGCGCAUCUCGAUUUACGGUCGUGACCUCGAAGAAUGGGACAAGCUCGCAGCCUGGGUCGUGGACAACAAGCUUUAUUCGCCUAACGUGCGAUGGCUGAUCCAAAUUCCCCGCCUAUAUGAUGUCUACAAGAACUCCAGCCUGAUGGAGAACUUUGAGCAAGUCAUUCAGAACGUCUUCCAGCCUCUCUUCGAGGUGACGCAAGACCCUGCCUCGCAUCCCAAGCUGCACAUCUUCCUGCAGCGAGUCAUUGGCUUCGAUUCGGUUGAUGAUGAGAGUAAGACAGAGCGCAGAAUCUACCGCAAGUUCCCCUUGCCCAAUGAAUGGAACACAGCACAAAACCCGCCCUACUCGUAUUGGAUCUACUAUCUGUUUGCAAAUAUCUCGUCACUCAACGUUUGGCGCAAGCAGCGUGGUUUCAACACUUUCCUUCUGAGACCCCACUGUGGUGAGGCAGGAGACACUGACCAUCUUGCUGCUGCUGUUUUGUGCUGUCACAGCAUCUCGCACGGUCUGCUGUUGCGCAAAGUACCAUUGCUGCAAUACAUUUUCUAUCUCGAGCAAAUCGGCGUCGCAAUGUCGCCCCUGUCCAACAAUGCAUUGUUCCUCGCUUACGAGCGCAACCCUUUCCUAUUAUACUUCCGCCGCGGUCUGAACGUCUCCCUCUCGACCGACGAUCCUCUGCAAUUCGCCUUCACGAAGGAGCCCCUCAUCGAAGAGUACGCAGUGGCCGCCCAGAUCUACAAGCUCAGCGCAGUCGACAUGUGCGAGCUCGCCAAGCACUCCGUCCUCCAAAGUGGAUUCGAACACUCGGUCAAGCAACGCUGGCUCGGCCACAACUACCACCUCCCCGGCGUGGCAGGAAACGACAUGGCAAAGGUCAACGUGCCAAACAUCCGCGAGGCAUUCCGCCACGAGACUUGGUUGCAAGAACUUGCCAUCGACCCGUCGCGCAAACUGUCCAUAUCAAACCUCAAGCCCAACCAUCCCUUCUCUGCCAACCUCACAGCACCGGGCUCGCCCACCGCGCAUUCGAUGCAGACGAACCCUUCGGCCACGAAUCCCCUCAAUCACUCCGAGUACUUCCAGACGAGAAAUGCGCGAGAUGGCAAUUUCCAGCUUCCUGCCCCGGCUGCUCAUCACCACUACAUCCCCAACGCGCAAGCUGCCCGAAUUUCUCAGUCACCUAGCAUGGUCAGUCUGCCGGGCCACAAGCACACGCGUUCGUCCAGUAUGGUUGGUCACGGUUCGCCAGCUGGUGGCCCCGCACCUACCUCCAUCCCACCGGACAUGGCACCCAUGCCCAUGUCGUCGCUCGACGCAUCUGAGCCCCGCUUGUUCCCUGGCGUUGUGAGUAAGAGUCGCAAGGGUAGUAUGGUGACGAGCAGAUCUGGUGUCGAUGUUGGUAGCGAGGACAACAAUGUCCCUGAUCACAUGACGCAGAGUCUGCCUGCUAUCGCGCUGGGUAGACCUAGACCUGGCGAGCAUGAUGCAGCGGUUGUCGAGGAUGAGGACGAAGUCGAGGAGACUGCUUGA